UUUUUUUUUAUUAUUAUUCACACAUUUAUAUAUUCAUAUAUAUUUACAAUAUGGGUGAUCAUAAACAUAAAAAAUCCUCUUCAAAAAGAGAACAUCAUCGAGAUUCUUCUAAAAGCCAUCGAGAACAUAAAAAACAUAAAAGAAGUAGUAGUCAUCAUAAAAAGGAAGAAGAGAUCGAUCUUUCUGAUCCUUCACUCUGGGUUGAAUCGAGUCAUGUUCCAGAACUAACACCAGCAGAACAGUUAAGAAACCAACAGAGAGCAACUGAAGUGGAAAAUCAACAAGAACCUAUAGAAGCAGCUUUACCUGAGGAACAAGAGGCAAGACAUGGUUGGAUGUUAGAUAGGUCAUUUGACUUCGCUGACAUGGGCACAGCUCGCAUUAAGGAAGAAAAACCUAAACGUGAUCCUGACCAACCUUUUGUAAGUGAAAGAGAACUUAACCAACAUUUAGUACAAGGCAAGAAAUUUGAAGAAUAUCCAGCAGAGGAAAAAAGGCAAAUUAAAUUCGGCGAUGCUGGAUCUAAUUGGAGAAUGAUGAAAUUAAAGCGAACGAUGGAACAAGCUGAAGAUGAAGGAAGACCAUUAAGAGAAGUUGGAAUUGAAAGAUAUGGCUCUGCAGAAAAAUUUGAAGAAGCUUUGGCCGAAAGAGAAUAUUUGGAUAAAAAAAAAAGGGGUGAUAAAAGACACAGUCAUCGAGAAAGAGGUAGAGAUAGAAGAAACGAUGCCAAGGAAGAUGAUGAAAGGGAUAGAAGACGAAGAAGAGAGGAUAGAGAUGAACAACGUCAUAGUAGUCGUAAAUAUGUCUUUCAUAAUACUGAGGUACAACAAAAUGCAUUCAAACGACCAGAAGCACCCAAGCCUACAAAUACAACCAUUGCCUCUGAUGAAUCUAAAGAUAUUAUUACAAAAGCACCAUCCACAUCACAACCUCAGCCUCCUCCUCUUGUUAUAUCUCAUAGUACAGCACCGACUAUACCAGCACUUACUCGUGAUCAACUUAACAAAUUAAAUGCAAAGCUAGUAAAGGCUAGGUUAAUGGGAUCAAGUGAUUUGGAAGAAUUAGAAAAGGAAUACCAGAUAGAACUAGAACGAUUUGAACAGGCAGAAAAAGGAAUUAGCAAUGGCAAUGUAACUGUAUUGCCUACAUUAGAUAGUCAAGGUCGUAUCUAUGAUUAUGCAUUAAAUCAAGGAAAUCCAGAACAACAAGUAUUAAAGGGAAAGAAACAGUAUGAAGGCACUCAUGAUAAACUUACUGGCGAGCGUCUUCGUUAUGGAACAGCUGAUGAUUAUUUAUCUUUAGCGGAUAUGGUCAGACAAGAAAAAGGCGGUAAUCAAUCAUUUAAUAUGGAUAUGGAAUUUGCUAAUCGAAUUGCAUCUGAUGCAUCUUUUCAGAAUGACUUGGACUAUAUGGACGACAAAGCGGAUAUUAUGGCAUCCAAAAAGGGAGUAACAGAACAGCAAAAGAUGAGACGUGCGAUAACAGAUUAUAAACGUACGCAAGAGAUUUUAGAGCGUUGUAGACUAUGUUAUAAAGAUGGGAAUCCACCACAAAUUGCAAUGAUUUCUCUUGCAAAUACUUGUUAUUUAGCUUUACCUAAUGUACAAGAAUUAACACCUGGUCAUUGUUGGAUUGUCCCUCUUCAGCACGUAUCUUCAAGUUUAGAAUGUGAUGAUGAUUUUUGGACAGAGUUUAGAAACUUUCAAAAAUGCUUAUUGAAAAUGUUUCAUGAACAAGGAAAGGGAGUGAUAUUUAUGGAAACUGUCGUUAACCUGCGUUCUCAACGACAUACAGUGAUUGAAGCUAUUCCUAUUCCUUAUGGAAUCUAUGAAGAUGCACCUGCCUAUUUUAAAGAGGCCAUCAUGGCGUCUGAAGAAGAAUGGUCGCAACAUAAAAAACUGAUUGAUACCUCUGACCGUGGCUUUAGAAAUUCAAUGGUUAAGAAUUUACCCUAUUUCCAUGUCUGGUUGAAUAUCAAUAAAGGCUAUGGACAUGUUAUUGAAAACCCAAAGGAUUUCCCUUAUUGGUUUGGUAAGGAAGUCAUUGGUGGCAUGUUGGAUAUUGGACCUGAAUUAUGGAGAAAGCCAAGAUACCAUCAUUCAGGUGAUAAUCAUCAUCGUCAACAAGAAUUUUUAAAAAAAUGGGAAAAAUGGGAUUGGACAGCUGCUUUGUAAAAUAUAUAACAGUAUUAUCAGAUACAUGUUUUGUUUUGUUUUGUUUUUUUAAAAAAAAAAUAUGUAUUUAUAUACUUUAAAAGUUUGUUUAAUAAUGUUAUUUUUUUUUUCUUGUUUUUUUUGAAAUGAAACCAAAAUAAAUA